CUCACAAUCCUCAAUCCAGUCUAUAUAUCUAUGUUAAAAACACUUGUAAACAUAUCUAAUAUAUUUAUUUCUAAAUAAUUAAUUUUUUUACGAUGGUGAGAUGUUGUUUCUGCCAAAGUGUUCAAAGCAAAGGAUGUGGACGAACAUAUCAUAAGUUUCCAUUAUCAAAUAAAUUUCUAUUGGAACAAUGGAUUAACAAUGUACCAUUAAAACAUUGGAAACCUAGCAAUGGAAGUUUAUUGUGUUCAGAUCACUUUACUGAGGACUGUUUUGACAGAUCUGAAUUUAGAGUACGCUUGAAGCUUAAUAGUAUUCCAACCUGUUUCGGAGAUCCCCCAACAGCAUGUAUAAUGUGUAAGCGUAAACGUUUGCAUCAAUCUCCUUACUCAUUUUUCAGGUUUCCCUUGGGAAAACCAGAACUCCUCAAUAAAUGGUUGGGAAAUAUGAAUAUGUUAAACUGGAGGCCUACUGAAACUAGUUAUUUGUGUUCAAGCCACUUUGAAGCGUCUUGUUUGAGGAAAGUAAAAGGGAAAUACUGGGCAUUGAAGGAAAAUAGUAUUCCAACAAUAUUCACUUCCAGUGAUUAUAGUUCAUUGAAUGACACUCCAAAAUUUCUUGCAUCUAAGAAAAAUACGCCACCUCCACCUGAAAGCAACAUUAUAACAAACUCUUUACCACAUCAUAAAUCGUACAAGGUGUUAUCAGUCAAUCCAGUUCCUGUUGAUGAGGCAAGAAGGAAAAGCUCUCAUGAUGUUAUCGACAUACCUAUGAAGACACUUCACAAUUCUGAUAAUGCAGGAACAGGACUAACGUCCAUGCAAUUCGACUUUACAACAGCAUCUCCAGUUUGCAAAUCCCGGCGAAUUGUAAACCAUGAUCAUCGAUAUGAAAGUUCUCCUACAAUGCAUGAUAGAUUAUUUCAUUAUGAACAAAUGUUGAAGGAAAAGGAUGAGAUCAUCAAAUUGCAGAAAAGGAAACUCGAUCGACUACAGAGAAAAGUAUCGUCUUUCCGAGAGAUGCUCAAUGAACUUCGUAGUUCUGUCAAGGUUCAAGUUUCCGAAGCUUGUUUACGUUCUCUGGAAUCUAUAGUCGAUCCAGGUGUUAAACAAUUUUUGCAAUGUGUCAUUGAUAAUGAGGUGCAUCCGUUACAAAUCUGAACGUAAUGAACUUGUUAGCAGUUUCAUUCCACAGUGUGGAGAUGCGUGCCGAAACGGUUCGGUGUGCUCCGAUAUAGGUUAAAAGGAUUAGAGAGGGGGACAGUGCGAUGACAUGGAGUGACCACGCAGCGCAGCGGGAAUUUUAAAUGUUUAUUUUACAUGCUUUUAAGAAAGCAGUGAUUAGUCUACAAAUUUUGCCAGAUGGAUUUUUUAAAAUGUCAAAAAUAUUAUCAGUUAGAGAUCCAACCAAAUUAGCAAUACCGGUUUUUAAGUACAAAGAUUUAUCUUGUGUAUUGGGGCAAUUAAACACAAUGUGAUUAAUAUCUUGUGAGGGAUAUCCGCACGGGCAAGCCGGGUUGUCAGAUAAAUUUUUCCGAAAUAAGGUAUGGUUGAGAUUGUAGUGGUUAGCCCGAAUGCGUGAAAUUGUAACUAUGGCUUCCCUGGUAAGGCUAGUGCGGUAGUACCAAGGUUUCCUGCAUUUCUGGUAGAUUUUCUCAAAGAACGCUGUGCCCUUAAACCUAGCCCAAUGCUCAAUGUAUUUAUCAAAGUCAAAAUUUAAUUUUUCCCUGGGGACAGAAAAGAAAUCCGAAUAAGGGACCUUAAAAUUACAAGUUAUACCUACUUUAGUUGCUCGUCUGGCUAAUUCAUCAGCCAUUUCGUUGCCAUGAAUCCCUUUAUGUGACGGGAUCCAGAUAAAUUGAAUGUGGAUUUUUAGCUCGCGCGCCGCCUCGAGUUUUGCUUUUAUAAGCGGGAUUAAGUAAUUGUUUUGAUUUAGAGGAGUGUUUUAAGCACACUCAUGGAGUCGGAAAUGAUAGUUGCUUCUGGAGCAUUGAUAUCAAAUAUGAGUAAAA